AUGACUCUCUGGGUCGAUAAGUACCGUCCACGAACGCUGGAUGACCUCCACUAUCACCAAGGACUCUCAGCACGGCUGCGAUCUCUUGCCGCUAGUGGUGACUUCCCUCAUAUGCUGUUUUAUGGUCCGAGUGGCGCCGGAAAAAAGACUCGAAUAGCAUGCACCUUGCGACAGCUAUUUGGCAGUGGUGUAGAGAAGCUAAAAAUUGAUCAGCGGGUAUUCCUCACCCCUUCCAAGCGAAAGCUGGACGUCAACAUUGUACAAAGCAAUUUUCACAUUGAAAUAACACCUAGUGAUGUGGGCAUAUACGAUCGGGUAGUAAUCCAAGAGAUUCUCAAGGAGAUUGCUCAGACCCAGCAAGUGGAUUUGAACGCCAAGCAACGCUUCAAAGUUGUAAUAAUCAAUGAAGCCGAUUCGCUGUCGCGUGACGCGCAAGCAGCACUACGACGAACGAUGGAGAAAUACAUGUCAAACAUGCGCAUCAUCCUCUGCGCGAACAGCACGUCAAAACUUAUUGCUCCAAUCCGGAGCCGGUGUUUAUUAAUGCGUGUCGCGGCACCCACGGAAGAAGAGGUGCAGACUUGCUUGCGAUACGUCGCGAAGCGUGAGAAGUUUGACCUCCCACCGGAUGCUGCUUGUGAAAUCGCAGAGGAUGCUGGAGGGAACCUGCGUAAGGCAGUCCUUGUACUGGAGGCCCUAAAAAUGCAAUCACCCGACUUGUCUGGUCCACUUACUAUCGCAAAGCCUGACUGGGAGACGUAUUGUCAUAAAGUCGCAGACCUCAUUGUGCAAGAGCAGACGCCAGCUCGCGUCAUGGAAGUCCGAGCCAAGUUUUAUGAGCUCUUAAGUCAUUGUAUUCCGGCUACAGUAGUUCUGAAAACCGUCGCGGAUCGCGUUGUUGAACGGGUAGAUGAGGCUAUCAAGGCAGACGUCAUGCAUUGGGCUGCAUUCUAUGAGGUUCGCAUGCGCCAAGGCAACAAGAAGAUCUUUCAUCUCGAGGCCUGGGUAAUCAAAGUGAUGAGCAUAUACAAGCAUUUCAUGUACGGUUUCGAUAUGGACGAUUUUUAAACCCCGCGGCCGUAUCGCAUUUACAUUAGAUGCAUGUGUAUUAUUUAGCUUGUAGUUACGUCGAACAA